AUGACGUCUCGAGACCUUCUUGAAAACGAAGCCCUGCUCGACGAGGAGGAGGACGAUGGAUCCUAUGACAGCGAAGAGGGUGAUGGCCCCAAGGAACACGAACGGCAAAAUGGGCAAUUUGAAGAUUCCAGCGAAGAGGAGGAGGAUGACGAUGACGAGGAAGCGGAACGCGCAGUCCGUGAAGGCUUCAUUGUCGAUGAAGAUGAGGAAAUAGAGGAACGGGAAGAACGUCGUCGUGAACGGAAAAGACGUCGUCAGGAGGAACGCGAGCGUGAAGACGAGGCGCUGGACGAAGAAGAUAUCUACCUGAUCGGAGAAAAUAACCCUGAGCUACAGCGCGCUCUCCCCACUGAGCAGUCCAAGUUCAAGAGACUAAAGCGCGGCCACAAGGCGGACAGAGAUCGCCAUGUGUCUCACGGCAUCGACGACAUGUUCAACUCCGAUGAAGAGGAGGAUGAGGUCGAUCGUUAUAGCCGGAUUGGACGCCACGAGCGGAGAGGAAUGGAAGAUGAUAUGGAGAACUUCAUCGAGGAGGAUGUGUUUUCUGAUGAAGAUCUUGACCAGUUAAAGGAGGAUGAGGAAAUCGCCCGCCCCAUGAGAAAGGGAUUGUCGGGACUAGGUGUGACGGAUGCCACAGGCCUGGACGAAACAGCGCUAGAGGACAUGCGCAUGGCCUUUGGUGAUGGAAAUGACUACAUGUUUGCCCUUGACACCGAAGAACAAAAUGAAAAGAGGGAUGAAGAUAAGGAAAAGCAUCUGGACUUGAAGGACGUCUUCGAACCAUCUCAGCUAGCGGAAAAGAUGUUGACGGAGGAAGACAAUGUCAUUUGCUUCACCGAUGAGCCCGAACGAUGCCAAGUCGCGAGAAAACAACAUAAGCACGUCAUAUUGACUGAGGAGCAGUUUAAAGAGGAGGCCAUUUGGAUAUCAAACCUUAUGUUAUUAAAAAAACGCCUAGAUCCGGACCUACGCGAACCGUUUCAGCGAUCUAUCGCCAAAGUCCUCGAGUUCAUGAUAACAGAUGACUGGGAAGUUCCGUUUAUAUUCCAGCAUCGCAAGGACUACCUCAUCCAUGCUGCAAAGGUCCCCGUCUCCCCCGAUCCUUCUAAUCCAGAUGGUCCAGAAUAUGUCGUCAAGGCUGAGAAGCUCUUGAACAUGACGGACUUGUGGGACAUCUUCGAAUACGAUUUGAAGUUCCGCUCGCUUAUCGACAAACGAAACACCCUGCAGAAGACCUAUGAUAACCUGCAAACCAUCUGCAACGUCCAUGAUGACAUCUUUGAAUCGAUGUUGCCCCUGGCUGUAACCAUGGAGGAGCUGCAGGACGUGCAGGAAUACCUCUAUUUCCAGUAUCCCACUCAGCUAAAGGAUAUCGCCAUUGUUAAUGGAAGUGGUGAGAAUGGGACUUCUAAACAGCGACGGAAAGCUACUACGAGAUCUUUCUCUGAACGUGUCAGAAAUAGCCGUGCAUACGAGCUAGUUCGUGCUUUUGGUAUCACAGCUGAUGCUUUCGCACAAAAUGCUCUCAAGGAAGGGAAACGACAAUAUACUGAAGACCCCGUAGAGCCACCCGACGUGACGGCGGAUAAUCUUCUUGACGACAUCUUCACGAACGGUGGCCAUGCCUUGAAGGCUGCCAAAGCAAUGUUUGCUGAAGAGAUUACCAUGAGUCCCAAGAUGCGCAAGGUCAUGAGACAGGCUUUCUACAUGAACGGCAUUAUUGAAUGUUUCAGGACUGAAAAGGGGUUGAAAAGGGUUGACGAACAACAUCCUUACUACGAAUUCAAAUAUCUACGAAAUCAACAGCUUACAGACAUUGCGAGACGACCUGAGCUUUUCCUCCGAAUGCUCAAGGCGGAGGAAGAAGGGUUGGUGGAUGUUAAAGUCCGGUUCCAGAACUUUGACAAUUUCAAGAAAAAUCUAUAUUCGCACAUUGUCUCUGACAAUUUCAGUGAACUGGCUGAUGCGUGGAAUAGAGAGCGGAAAGAAGUCGUUGAUAUGGCCCUUGGAAAAUUAGAGAGGAUCAUGAGCCGCGGUGUAAAGGAGAAUAUCAGAACGGAAUGUGAGAAUCAUGUUGCCAAGGAAUGCAGAGAGGCGUUCUCGUUGCGGCUCGACCAGGCUCCCUAUAAGCCGAAGGGUAUGAUUCUUGGCACUAUUCCCAGAGUCCUUGCAUUGUCUAAUGGAAACGGUAUUGUCGGGAAGGAUCCCAUUUACUGGGCGUGGGUUGAAGAAGAUGGCAGAGUGCUUGAAAAUGGGAAAUUUACUGAUCUCGCCCCAGGAGAUUCGGGUCGCAUGAUCGCUGAUGGGAAAGACGUGGCUGCCUUUGUUGAACUCGUUGAGAGACGCAAACCUGAUGUCAUUGGUGUCUCUGGGUUUUCGCCGGAAACUAGAAAGCUUUACAAGCAGCUGUCGGAUCUUGUCUCUUCCAAGGACCUGCGUGGCGCUACCUAUACCAACGAUUACGAUGAGGAGGCUAAUGAUCUCCUGGAAGUGAUUAUUGUGAACGAUGAAGUUGCGCGGCUCUACCAGACUAGUGAACGGGCUAAGAUGGAACAUCCUAGUUUCGCGGCUCUGACUCACUACUGUGUCGCACUGGCCAAGUACCUGCAGAACCCGAUGAAGGAGUAUGCAUCACUGGGCAGAGACAUUGUAUCGAUUCAGUUCAAGCCCGGUCAGCAACUGGUUCCUCAGGACAAGAUCUUGAAACAGCUCGAAACGGCACUGGUGGAUAUGGUCAAUCUCUGUGGUGUUGAUAUCAAUGAGGCUGCAACCGAUACUGCCACUGCAAAUCUACUCCCUUACGUCUGCGGACUUGGCCCCCGGAAAGCUGCCCAUCUUCUCAAGAUUAUCAACAUGAACGGGGGCAUUGUUAACAAUCGGAUCGAGCUUCUAGGAGUCAAUGCACAUUAUCCAGCUAUGGGGGUUAAAGUUUGGAAUAACUGCGCUAGUUUCCUCUAUAUUGAUUACGAUAGCACGGACCCCGACGCUGACUACCUCGACAAUACUCGUGUCCACCCCGAAGAUUAUGACAUUGGUCGGAAAAUGGCUGCUGAUGCCCUUGAGCUUGACGAGGAAGAUAUCAAGGCUGAAACAGAUGAGAAUGGGCAGGGAGCUAUUGUUCGUAAACUCAUCAAGGAAGAUGCGCAGGACAGAGUCAAUGACCUCAUUCUCGAGGAGUAUGCCGAACAGCUCGAGAAGAACCUCAACCAGCGAAAACGAGCUACCCUCGAGACCAUCCGUGCGGAAUUACAACAACCAUACGAGGAGCUGCGUAAACAAUUCGUCUUCCUUAGCACAGACGCUAUCUUCACCAUGCUCACUGGCGAGACCCACGAAUCCCUAGCCGAAGGGAUGAUCGUUCCCAUAUCCAUCAAGCGCGUUACCGAUGACCACAUCGACGGCAAAUUAGACUGCGGCAUCGACGCAGUCGCCGGCGAAGUGGAAAUCACAGAUCGCUACGACAUCCCUAUCCGCAGUCUAUUUGCACCCCACCAAACUGUCCAGGGCAAAAUUCUCUACCUCAACCGCAAACUCUUCCAGGCUAACGUCUCCCUGCGAGAAAGUGAGAUUAGCAAGCCGUAUCGACGCCACUUUGAUCGGUUACGUGGAGAAUGGGAUGACCGACAAGAAGACGCUGAUCGCGAAGCGUCACGUGAGAAGGCGGAGACGAGCGGUAGGACGAUGCGUGUUAUUAAGCAUCCGCUUUUCCGCCCGUUUAACGCGGCGCAGGCAGAAGAGUUUCUUGCGCCGCAGAGUCGGGGGGAUGCCGUUAUUCGACCGUCGUCGAACGGCAUUGAUCAUCUCGCGGUUACUUGGAAGGUUUCUGAAGGUAUCUAUCAGCACCUUGAUAUCCUGGAGCUGGAUAAGGAGAAUGAAUUUUCGGUGGGAAAAAUUUUGAAGGUGGGCGGGCGGUAUUCGUAUAGUGAUCUUGAUGAACUUAUUGUCAAUCAUAUCAAGGCUAUGGCGAAGAAGGUGGAUGAUAUGAUGAUGCAUGAGAAGUUUCAGGAUGGGAGUAAAAGCGAUACCGAGCGCUGGCUGGACACAUACACGAAAGCCAACCCACGCCGAUCUGUUCAAGGUUAUUCCGCAGGGGUAUGA